AUGGCGGCUCAAGUUCCCGCCGACCUCGCGUUCGAGGUGGUCGAGCUCCCGGGCAAGGGCAAAGGCGUCGUCUCGACUCGCGCCAUCAAGGCGGGCGAGCUCAUCCUCGCCGAGUCGCCGGCGUUCACGACGGGCAUGCGCCGCACCGAGCCCAUGAUCACCGCCGCCGUCGACAAGCUGUCGGCCUCGGACCGCCUCGUCUUCCACUCGCUCGCCCUGUCCGACAACAAGGCCGCCCUCGGCCCGUUCCUCGGCCGCAUGGAGACCAACGGCAUCGAGAUGGCGAGCGCGACCGGUGCGCCGCAGCAGGGCCUCUUCCUCCUCGGCUCGCGGUUCAACCACAGCUGCACGCCUAACAUCUGCCGCACCUGGGACGGCGGCCUCGGCAAGGAGCGGUUCGUCGCGAGCGUCGACAUCGACCAGGACAUCGAGCUCGAGAUCUACUACGACGCCCUGUACAAGCGCCAGCACGAGCGUCAAAACGAGCUGCACGCCAAGUUCGGCUUCUGGUGCAAGUGCCGCGCGUGCUGCCUCACCGGCGCCGAGCUCGCCGACAGCGACCAGCGUCGCGCCAAGAUCGACACGACGCGCCAGGUCCUGCCGCAGCUCAUCGCGCAGCCGGCGCGCUUCGUCCAGCUCGCCAAGGAGGCGCUCACCGCGCUCGAGCACGAGGGCAUCUACACGGGGCGCGGCCCGUUCGCGUACGACUGCUUCCAGGCGUCGGUCGCGUGGAGCGACCUCGAGGCGGCCAAGCUGUGGGCGGCGAGGAACCUCGAGCUGCAGAAGCGCGAGGCCGGCGUCGGUUCGAGCGAGUUCAAGCGCAUGGAGGCGCUCAAGGCCAACCCGAAGGCGCACCGCUCGUGGGGCGCGUUCGGGAGGAAGCAGAAGGUCGAGCGCCCGUGA